CCCUCCCCCCUCUCUCGGUGUGGACAUGUUUCGGAGAUGAGGCUCAGAAAUGUCUCCUUCCUGACGGUUUUGUUGUUCGGGCUGUGCGGGCUGGUCUCCCUGUCCUGGUACACAGCCUUCAGCAGCUCCAGAGGAGAUGUGGUGGAUAUCUACCAGAGGGAGUUCCUGGCGUUGAGGGAGCGCCUUCACUCAGCUGAGCAGGAGAACCUGCGGCGCUCCAAAGAGCUGAACCUGGUCCUUGAAGAGAUCAAGAGGGCCAUCGCUGAGAAACAGGCCCUGAGAGACAUAAACCGAACCUGGAGCAGCCUCUCAGAGGAGACGAGGUUGAAGUUGUGGAACGUGAGCAGCAGUAAAAACGUGCUGCAGCUUCCCUCCAUCUUCCAUCACCUUCCUCACCUGCUGAACCGUGAGGACAGCCUGCUGCCCGCCGUACACCUGGGACAGGGACGCACCGGAGUCUCCAUAGUGAUGGGGGUCCCCAGUGUGAAGCGGGAGGUCCACUCCUACCUGACCGACACGCUCACCUCUCUGAUGUCGGAACUCAGCGCUGCCGAGAAGGAAGACUGCGUCAUCGUGGUUCUGAUUGCUGAGGCCGACCAGCAGUACGCCAGCAGUGUAGCAGACAACCUGAAGCGCCUUUUUCCUGCAGAGAUCCAGUCGGGUCUGUUGGAGGUCGUCUCUCCAUCCGUCCACUUCUACCCCGACUUCUCCAGACUGAGAGAGUCCUUCGGGGACCCAAAGGAGAGAGUCAGGUGGAGGACGAAGCAGAACCUGGAUUAUUGUUUCCUGAUGAUGUACGCACAGAGUAAAGGAACGUAUUACGUCCAGCUAGAGGACGACAUCGUUGCUCGUCCCAACUACUUCACCACCAUGAAGAACUUUGCGUUGCAGCAGCCAUCAGAGGAGUGGAUGAUCCUCGAGUUUUCUCAGCUCGGCUUCAUCGGUAAGAUGUUUAAGUCGUUGGACCUGUCGCUCAUCGUGGAGUUCAUGCUCAUGUUCUACAAAGACAAACCCAUCGACUGGCUGCUCGACCACAUCAUGUGGGUCAAAGUGUGCAAUCCAGAGAAGGAUGCAAAACACUGCGACAGACAGAAAGCCAACCUGAGGAUCCGCUUCAAACCGUCUCUGUUCCAACAUGUCGGCACGCACUCCUCUUUGGCCGGGAAAAUUCAGAAACUGAAGGAUAAGGACUUUGGGAAGCAGACCCUCCAUAAAGGUCACGCCAACCCGCUGGCCGAGGUGACGACCAGCUUGAAGACGUACCAGCACUUCACCCUGGAGAAGGCUUACCUGGGAGAGGACUUCUUCUGGGCCUUUACUCCCGUAGCGGGGGACUUCAUCCGGAUACGAUUCUUCACACCGGUCCGCAUUGAGAGGUAUUUCUUUCGGAGCGGGAACAUCGAGCAUCCAGGAGAUAAACUCUUCAACACGUCGGUGGAGGUUCUGCCGUUCGAUAAUAUUCAGGCGGAGAAAGAGGCCUUGACAGAAGGGAGGGAGAGAACGCCAAAAUACCAUCGGACAGAGGACGGAUUCAUCAGGAUAGGAUCCUUCCAGAACGGGAUCGCAGAGGGGGAGGUCGACCCAACAUUUGGGCCGCUGGAGGCGAUGCGUCUCACAGUGAUAACGGACUCACCAGUCUGGGUGAUCCUCAGCGAGAUCUUCAUAAAGAAAGCAGACUGAAGCCCCCCCGCCCCCAGUGAUACCUCAGCUCUCCGAGCGUUCAGCCGAGCCGACCAGAGGCUCAUCAGCUGCCGUCCAGCUCACCAGAUUCCCACUGCGAUGCCACAGCGCCGCCGUCUGGCUGGGCCUCAUUACUGCAGGGCUGCAGAGACUGAUCACAGACAGACUGUGCAGACAGACGCCGCCGUAUUUAACCCUGAAGAGUCUGUAUUUAUGUGUACAUACAGUAAGUCAAUGUUGAAACACUGGUGAUCGUCCAAUCAUCUCUUCUGAUGAUCAAACUGCUGCUUUGAUAGACUCCAAGGCUUCUUUCUAUCCGGACCUUUCUACCAGUGACCCCACAGUACGGCGUGUAGAACCGCACACGCUCAUCAUGAAUGCCCUCUCAGCGUGUGACUGUGUGAGUGAGUGAGUGAGUGAGUGAGCGGGCGAGUGAGUGAGUGAGUGCAGACGCUGCUCGGGGCUCAGUUCUCCAAUCAGAGAGCAGUUUGCCUUAAAGAAGAAGAAGAGCCCUUAAACACUGCAACAUGUAGCGACUACAGCACCCACAAUCCUUUGCUGCGACCUCGGACCUUCUCACAUCUUUGUGGCUUGAAACUACUGAAGACAGCUGUUAAUUUACUUUUGUAAUGAAGUCUUUAAAGUUGAUUUAUUUGAGUUUACUGAGGCCUUUUCAAUGACUGUUCUGUUUUAUUCUGCAGUACGUCAGCAUACUUCAACAGGGUCGUCACCAUAGACCAGGAUUUAAGACUAGAAAUAAUAACGAUUAAAUCCUUAAUGAUAACAAGGAUUAAAGACUUUAAUAGGAUAAUUAAGUAAUGAUGAUAUCUCUACCUGUUUGGAUACCAUGGCAAAUAAAAAAGCCUACAGACACAUUAUUAUGAGAUCAGAGUCAGAACUCUGACUUUGAUGUUCAGAAUUCUGACUUUAAAACUCAUAAUUCUGACUUUGAUCUUAAAAAUUUGACUUGGAUCUUAAAAAUUUGACCUUGAUCUCAGAUUUCUGACUUUGAUCACAGAUUUCUGACUUUAAUCUCAGAAUUCUGAGAAUAAAGUUUUGAUGAUUUUUUUUAUUAAUCUCUGAGGAAAAAAAGAAUUAUGACUUUUCUUUCAUCAGAAUUAUGAGUUUAUCAUAGAAUUACAACUUAAUUCUAAGAAUCUUGAAAUGAAGUUGUGUCUAGUUUUCUAUUUAUUUCUAUUUUUUCCUGCCCGACCCUUAUCCUCUUCCGUAGACAUUUCCUUGUUUCGAUGAUCAAAAAUAACAGGCAACUCUUGAACAGUUUCUGUUGUGCACAAAAAUGUUUGAAACAUUUCAGUACCAAAACUUUUCCAAUGUUUUUGUGCAGUUAAGACAUUUUUGUGUUAUCAUACUAUGCUUUUGUUAUUGAAACCCAUAAAUCAGAUCAACAGAUUCUUUGAAAUACUGAAAUAUUUAGGGUGAAUUAUAUGAAAUAAAAUAAAGGAGGUUACACUGUAGGUGUUUAAACUAUAUCUUUAUCCCAUUUGAGGUGGUUGGGAGCUGCAGCUGUCUUUUAGCAAGACGUGGGGCACAUGCUGAGCUGGUCACAUAGAAGGCCAGAGAACCUGGAGAGAACCACAGCUAGCAUGGGGAGAACAGAAAGGCCCUGUCUGACUAGGAUGGAACUAGGAACUAGGAUGGAACUAGGAAAUAGGAUGGAACUAGGAACCUUGAUGAGAAGCAACAGCACUACAUUCUGAGCUGAAACUUUAUAAUUAAUAGCCAAGGGCUUCUAAAUUUGUUGCCAUGGUAUCAAACUGGUAUUGUUAUUAUUUGAUUGUUGCUGGAAUCAUAUCAAAGUUUAAAACUCUAAUAAUGUGACAGCCCUCCUCUGCAGUACUCUAAAUACUCUACAGCUAUCAUAUAUACUCUAGAGCACUUCAAAGUACCAGGAAGUUCACCACAGUUUUCUAAUUAACCAUUAAAAACACUCUGAUUAGCUUUAAAGCAGUGGUUCUCCUCUGGUCUGGCAUAAGGACCCACCGCCAGCUUAUUUCCACAUACAGGGCUGUAUUAUUAUAUAAAAAAAGCACAUUACAAUCAUACAAUAAAAUUACAGCGGCACUUUCUGACUUAAAGCUACAGAUUAAUGCAAUUUAAGAGUUUAAAACAGCAUAAAAGACAAAAGAUGGAUCAGUACCUCAAAUUUCAGUGGAUGUUCAAAAGGAUGUAAGACAGAAGUAUGAAGAACAGAUCUGUAACGGCUCAAAAGUCAUGGAUUUUUACAAAGUCUGUCUGCACGGUGAAUACCACAGCAGAGCAUGCCCUUCCUGGUCUACUCUUCAUCAGUUGAGUCUUUAUCAAUACUUUUAUUGAUACUUUUUUAUUAACUAUAACAAAUUACAGAGAAUAUCCAUCUUCAUCUGUCUCAGACCUGGCAAUAGAGUAAAAGCAAAUCACUUGUGUUGUUUAUUGGUGGCUAUAAACCAGAGUUAAGGUGUCUUACCACCUCCUACUGGUCAGAGUGUAGAUAAACUUCCCUGUAACUUCAUGAACCAUGCAUCAUCAGAAACACAUCCACAUGGAAGUGCAUCACUUUUGCUACUGCUUUUCCCCAUGCACACAUCUGGGACCCAGUGGAAACUAUGAGCCUUUUUUGGGUCCUGAUCCACCAGUUGAGAACCACUGCUUUAAGGCUCUUUCAUGUACUUUAGAGUGUUCUGAUAUCUGAUGUAUGCUAGAGCUCUGUUUCCACCAAGUGGUCUGGUUCAGGGCAGCUUGGUAUGGUAGGAAAUGAUUUGCAUUUUCAUGAUCAAAAGUUGGAAAAGGUUUGAUAAAUACCAAUUUCUGUCAUUUUACUUUUUUUGGUACCUUUUUGUCGUGGUACCAGGUGUAUUCGUUGACCCUAAAAGACAGAGCUAGACUCUCGGCAGACAGCUGAUUCACAUUCUGUUGGAAUAAUGGGUAAACCCAAAACAAGCCUGAACUGGACAGCUUUUCUCCCUCAUGUCGUCAUAAACAUACUUUUGAAAUACUAUUUAGCCAAUACACCUUGCAACAACUCAAGUCUUGGUGAUAACUAAUAAAGGAGUAUUUCAUGGACAAGUCUGUUUGAACAACAGGAGCUGGCUACAGUUUGAGAGCUACAGUAGCUUCCUUUUUCCGUAUUUGUUGUUUGAUCAGGCAACAACCUCUUAGGUUGGAAAUGAAGCUAAGGCUGAAUUCUGCAUUUUUCUGGACAUGGAUAACAUGACUACAAGCCAGUUUGUAUGCAGAAACAAGAAUGAAAUGUUGUAUAAGCUUAAAAGGAUGACAUUAUCUUCAAAGGCAGAGGAUGGAAUGUUUUGCAGGCAAAAAAGGAUGAUGUCAUCUUCAAAGCCAGAAAACUAAAUGUUUCAUGGGCUUCAAAGGAUGACAU